AUGUCACACCCCUUACCGCCCUUCCGCUCCUCCUCCGGCCCUACUCUGACCGCCCUAACCCUCUCACCCGCCACCUCUCCCACCGACGGACCCGGUUUCGACACGCUCACGAAUGAGGGGGUGGGGGUGUUUGUGCCGCUUUGGGCUAUCCGGAGGGCGUUGGGAGAGCGGGAGGAGGGGGGGAUGGGAAGGGCAGAGGGGGAGGGGGAGGGAGGUGCAGGCACAGAACCCGCUCCGGUCCCUUCUCAACGCUCUCAACCCGCACCCGCACUCGCACCCGCACUCUUCCCCUCCCUCCCGCUCCUCUCCAGCUCUUCUUCCUCAACGCGCUCUUCAUCCGCUCCGACGCCGUUCGAAGCAGGCGGAGCUGGAGGAGUAGGAGUCGGAGGAGGAGGGAGGGUGAGGGCGUCUUUCGCUUUCCCUUCCGCGACUUCCGCCUCUGGUCCGACCUCGACGUCGACGACGCUUCCGCCCGCUUACUUCCCCCCUCCCCCUCCUCCCCACGCUCCUCACACUCCUCUCUCAUUCCCUCGUCCCCUUCCUCCCAAUGCCACCUUCCCCACAGAAGCCUCAACCUCAAACUCAGACAGCGAUUCCGAUAUCUCCAACCACGCAUCUACGGACCCCUACGCAGCUCUAGCGGGUCCGGCAUUGGAGAAAGCUAGAGCAGAUUUCCUUGCGCACGACUGGGCGUAUCGCGCCUCGGGCGGGUCGUCUGCGGAUGGGAAUGGGGAGGAGGGGAGGGAGAAGGGGAGGGAGAGCGAUGCGGAGUGGGUUCCUGAGCGCGAGGAAGGAGGAGGAGGAGGGAAUGCGAGGGGGAAUAAGGGGAGGAAGAGGAGCGGAGCGGAGGCGGGGGGAGGAGUGGUGACUGAGCCAGCGACCGAACCGCUCACAAUCCGCUGGACUCCCUCGCUCCGCGCGUUCCUCCCCUCCACAAGCCCUUACCGCUCCCUGUCCCCGACCCAGCGCUCAACACUCCUCACUUUCCCACCCUCGUCCUACGUCCGAGUCUUCACCUCCCCCUCUUCCUCUCGCUCGAACCAAAACGAGAGCGAAAACGAAGUCUUCCCCUACUCUUCCUCAUCCGCGAAACGGAACACGUUCCUUCGCGCACUCUUGACGCACCGAUUCCCGUCCCUCUCAUGCGCAUGCGGAUUCUCGUUCCUACGCCCCUCAACCUCCGGAGAAGGAGGAGAGAGGGGAGGGUGGAAGAAACCGAGUGUGUUGCGCGACCACCUCGCUCGGUGCGUGGUGCUGGGGGAGGAAGAUGAGGUGAGGAGGAUGUGUGCGCUUGAGAGGGGAGUUGCGGUCGAGGAGAAGAUGGGGAGGGAGAAGGAGAAGGGGAGGGCGGACGAGUCGAGGAAUGUACGGCAUCUCCAGCGCCUCGUCGCGCUCCUCGCCAUCGCAGACGAGCAUGAAGGACCUUCCCCGCCGCACGACCUCGUUCCUCGCUCUCAAGCCCCCGAGGGGGCGAGAGCAAGAGGAGUGGGAAGCCGGGCAGGGUACGUCGAGCGGAGGAGAGGCGGGGAGGUCGGGUCUGCACACGCGCCAGGAGUGGUUUGA